CACGACAAUUACGAUUGGCAAUCGACACAAGUACAACUACGUGGCUGCCGCUGUUUAGAAAAUAUACGUCAAUUUCCACGGUAAAGAGCGAAAAUCUACUUAAACAAAGACGCCAGAAUGCAAAGAACGGUAGCUAAAGUACUGCUAACAUUAUGCGGCCUGCUAAUCCUAUCAAGAGGCAGCCAAGCCUUCAUUGUCAGCGUAGAUGCUCACAACGAGGAAUGUUUCUUCGAGAAUUUCGAAGGUGGCACUAAAUUCGGCAUUACGUUCGAGGUGAUCGAGGGCGGCUUUCUGGACGUGGACAUCAAAAUAACCGGCCCCGAUCAGCAUAUUAUGCACGAAAGCGAAAAGGAAUCAUCUGGCAAAUACACGUUCGUUGCGCCCGCUAAGGGCGUGUACACCGUGUGCUUCAACAACGAGCGCAGCAGCAUGACACCCAAGCUGGUCAUGUUCUCCAUCGAGACGGGCGAUGCGCCGCAACGUGCGCCAGGCGCACCCGGCGAAGAGGAGGUGGGCCACACCAAACUUGAAGACAUGAUCCGCGAGCUUUCCGGCACGCUAACCAGCGUUAAGCACGAGCAGGAAUACAUGCACGUGCGCGACAAAAUACAUCGAUCGGUCAACGAAAGCACCAACUCGCGUGUCGUCUUGUGGUCCACAUUUGAGGCAUUGGUGCUAGUUUUGAUGACCGUCGGCCAGGUGUAUUACCUGAAGCGCUUCUUUGAAGUCAAGCGCGUCGUGUAAUACCAACUACUCCUCCUCGUUUGUGCGUGCGUGUAUAGAGCGAAUGUGUUGCAGUCUCAGCCUAAUUUUAAUACAAUUAAUUAAAUACUUUUUCGUAACAAAAUUUAAGCAACAUGCUAAACACUCAACUUUUCAAUUCAUUUACACCUAUCCCUGUCCCUGUUACUGUUGACUCGUCUAGCCACACACAACACAUUGACUGUGAAUAGAAACAGCCAGCUCUACGGGCAUCUAGCCUAGUCUAUAUCAAGCACUUCAGCUCAUUCAGCUUGUACAUAUUCCUGUCCCAUCUUUCAUAGACCUCUUAGUACCCUUGAGGCGGGGUAGCAGCCUGGCAGAACGUAUGUCAGAGACACUUACCAAUUUAGUUCGAUUUGAAAAUUUUGUACCUUUAAUUGCUUUGGUUGAUGUAGCGCGACUUUUAUUUAUAUAUAAAGCAUAUAUUUAACAUAUUACAAUCAGUCUAAUAGUUUCUUUUCGCGCAAGUUUAAAUUUUAGAC